UAAUCACCGUCACAACUCAGCGCCUGCGCAGAAGAAGGUCGGCGUAACCUGCAUGUAGCUACCAAAACAUCUCCAGUUAGUCUAUGAAUUAAAUAAAUAUUGUUCAAUCAUGACACUGCGUGCAUGUGGAUUUAUAAUAUUCCGGCGUCUGGCACAGCUUUCUUACCCAGACAACGUCGAGUACCUUCUUUUGCAAACCUCCUAUGGAGAACACCACUGGACCCCACCAAAAGGUCACGUCGAUCCUGGAGAAGAUGACCUUACCACAGCGUGGAGGGAGACCGAGGAGGAAGCAGGAUUAGGUCAGGAGCACCUGCGUGUUGUCGAUGGUUUUCUGCAGAGACUGCAUUAUGAAGUGCGGGGAAAGGAAAAGGAGGUUCUGUAUUGGCUAGCUGAGCUGCAGGAUCCCAGCACGAGUGUCAGACUGUCGGAUGAGCACCAAGACUACAAAUGGGCAAAGGUAGAGGAGGCGUGCAGGCUUGCCAAGUACCAGGAUUUACAGGACACGCUGAAAAACGUACAUCAAUUUCUGGAGACAGGAGAAAAGAAACUGUGACUCCUGGGGCAAUAAUAAUAAUAAUAUAUUGUACAAUAUGUAGUUUUGUACAAAUUUUACACCGUCACCAAAAUUGAAAAACAAAAAGCUUUCUUCGAACGAAAGUGCUCAGGUCUGAAUGUUUUAAUAUGAAAAAGGGUGUUGAAAUUUUACAUCUUAUUUGCUGUAAAAUGCUAGAUCAGUGGUUAGAUCCUGGACUAGUAAUUCAAGGUCACUGGAUUAAGCCCCACCACUACCAGGUUGCCUCUGUUGGCUCCCUGAACAAUAUAAUGGGUUGAAUUGUAUUCUGUCACAGAUUUAAGGUGCUUUGGAUAAAUAAAUGUCUGCUAAAUGCCAUAAACGUAAAUACAGUCAAAAUAAAGUUAUACCUGGACCAAAAAUGUCAUUGGUUCUCAUCUCACAAUAAAGAUAUUAAUGUUA